AUGCAUCGCUACCUGGUGCUGCAGCAACUCGGCGACGGCACCUACGGCUCUGUCGCGUUAGCGCAGCGCAGGGACACUGGUGAGAAAGUCGCGAUCAAACGAAUGAAGCGAAAGUACUACUCUUGGGAUGAAGCCAUGAGCUUACGAGAAGUCAAGUCAUUAAAGAAACUCAACCACGCGAACAUUGUGAAAUUACGCGAGGUCAUCAGAGAGAACGAUACACUGUAUUUUGUAUUUGAGUAUAUGCGUGGAAACCUGUACCAACUGAUACGGGACGCCGAGCGACCGUUCGCGGAGGCGGCCGUGCGCAAUAUACUUUAUCAGGUACUGCAAGGGUUAGCCCACAUGCACCGGCACGGCUUCUUCCACCGCGACCUCAAGCCGGAAAAUUUGCUUUGCGCCGGCUCCGACCUCGUCAAGAUCGCCGACCUAGGGCUUGCGCGCGAAGUGCGCUCGAGGCCGCCCUACACCGAUUACGUGUCGACGCGGUGGUACCGCGCCCCUGAAGUGCUUUUGCGCGACACGAACUACGGCACUCCCAUAGACCUGUGGGCGGUAGGUUGCAUCCUCGCCGAACUCUACACGAGCCGGCCUCUCUUCCCUGGAAACUCUGAGAUAGAUCAACUGCACAAGAUAUGCUCGGUGCUGGGCACCCCGAGCCGCGAGACUUGGCCCGAAGCCUAUGUCCUAGCGGAGGCGCUGCGCCUCCGUUUACCCGCGAGUGCGGGAGUACCGCUAGCUCGCGUCGUACCCCCGGCCUCGCCUGCCGCUUUGGUCCUUCUCGCAGCUUUCUUACGCUACCCGCCACGUGAACGCCCGUCCGCAGCUCAAGCUUUAAGAUAUCCUUUCUUCGCUGUCGGAGCCGCGUUAGUUCUUCCUCCACCCGCCUCCCAAUCGAGAAGAAACACCAUCCGUGGCGAAACAGAGAACGCUGCGCCGGUUCCAAAAACCGACUACGUUUGCGACGUGGAGUCCACGUCUGGAGGGCAAGCUCGUAAAAUGGGACUGCACGACCGUUUUGCAGAUAUAUUGGGGGGUGAAGUGGUUCCCUCAUCUCGUGUGGCUAUCACAAUGCGCGGGCGCAGCGUACUAGCGCCGGUGCAGCCGACGGUCACGCGCGGUACGCGGGAUGCAAUGGGAGCAGCCGCCGCAUACUUUGGUGCUUCACGAUACGUGCAAGGCACUCGCCUCGACACAUCCUUAUUUCGAUCUCUACCUUUACACUCCCUGCAAGAUUCUACAGCUGGUGGGGGUGAAGGGAUACACGUCGAUUGGGCUGCUAAAUACUUGAGAUGA